AUGGUUUUUGGUAGGAUCACUGAACUUUUUUCUGCUGCAUCGCAAUCAUCUGUUCCAUAUAUGCCUACUGGAUCAUCAUCGGAUGUAGGAACCUCAGACUCAGAUUCCAUCAGUUAUGUGAAUGCUGGACGGAAGAAUAGUCUGAGACACUCUGCAUCACUCCAAGAUUUCUCUGCGUAUCGUGGGUAUGAUCCUGAAGAGUCCAUUCUCGCUAAGGAAACUGACUCCGGUGCUAAACGGCAAAACAUUUCAUGGGGGCAAAACGGAGCUAGCAUGUCCAAGGAGAAGGGAGGUGUCCCGAAUGGGACCAACUCAUCAACGCGACGUAAAUUGAUCCGUGCGGUGAUGAUCGUUUUGUGCCUGUUUCUGUUUGCUUUUCUGGUGUAUAUAGUCUCCAUGUAUAUUUAUACAAACUGGUCACGGGGAGCGUCGAGAUAUUACGUUGUGUUUGACUGUGGAAGCACUGGGACUCGUGCAUAUGUCUAUCAGGCCUCUGUUAAUUACAGGAAAGAUAGUAGUCUCCCCAUUGUUAUGAAAUCUUUGACGGAAGGUAUCUCUAGGAAGAGUAAAGGCCGUGCUUAUGAUCGGGUGGAGACAGAGCCUGGAUUUGAUAAGCUCGUGAACAACAGGUCUGGCUUGAAAACUGCGAUAAAGCCACUUAUUCAGUGGGCGGAGAAGCAAAUCCCCAAGCGUGCUCAUAGAACCACGUCUCUCUUCGUUUAUGCAACAGCGGGGGUGAGGAGGCUCCGUGCUUCUGAUUCGAGCUGGCUUCUUGGUAAUGUGUGGUCUAUACUGGCGAAGUCGCCGUUCACUUGCCGGAGGGAGUGGGUUAAGAUCAUCAGUGGUACAGAGGAAGCUUAUUUUGGAUGGACCGCUCUUAAUUAUCAAACGAGCAUGUUGGGAGCCUUACCGAAGAAGCCAACGUUUGGUGCACUUGACUUAGGUGGCUCGUCAUUGCAGGUAACCUUUGAGAAUGAGGAGCGAACACAUAAUGAGACCAAUCUUAAUCUCAGGAUUGGGUCUGUUAACCAUCAUCUUAGUGCAUAUUCUCUCGCGGGAUAUGGUCUUAAUGAUGCGUUUGAAAGGUCUGUUGUUCAUCUUUUAAAGACGCUGCCAAAUGUCAAUAAAUCUGAUUUGGUUGAAGGGAAACUGGAAAUGAAACAUCCUUGCUUGAAUUCUGGAUACAACGGACAGUACACAUGUUCUCAGUGUGCUUCCGGUGUCCAAGGAGGUAAAAAGGGGAAGAAAGGAGUUCCUAUCAAGCUCGUUGGUGCUCCAAACUGGGGAGAGUGCAGCGCACUGGCGAAAAAGGCUGUCAAUAGCUCUGUAUGGUCAAACACAAAACAUGGAAUUGAUUGUGAUUUGCAGCCUUGCGCUCUUCCUGAUGGUUACCCUCGUCCUCAUGGUCAGUUCUAUGCUGUAUCCGGAUUCUUCGUGGUGUACCGUUUCUUCAAUUUAAGUGCUGAAGCUUCCCUUGAUGAUGUCUUGGAGAAGGGUAGAGAAUUUUGUGACAAGGCUUGGCAAGUUGCUAGAACCAGCGUUUCUCCGCAACCUUUCAUUGAACAGUACUGCUUUAGAGCUCCGUAUAUAGUCUCCCUGUUACGAGAAGGUUUAUAUAUUACAGAUAAGCAGAUCAUAAUUGGGUCUGGGAGUAUUACUUGGACACUUGGAGUGGCUCUUCUAGAAGCAGGGAAGGCUCUAUCUACUACACCGGUACUAAAGAGCUAUGAGACUCUGAGCAUGAAGAUAAACCCAAUAGUCCUUAUAUCUGCUUUGCUCUUCUCAUUGCUUCUGCUUCUCUGUGCACUAUCACGCGUCAGCAAUUGUAUGCCGAGAUUCCUUAGAAAGUCGUAUCUCCCACUUUUUAGACACAAUAGCACCUCCUCUUCGUCUGUUCUUAACAUUCCGUCUCCCUUCAGAUUCCAGCGAUGGAGUCCUAUGAGUACAGGGGUAAAGGCACCGUUGAGUCCAACAGUCCGGGGACCACCGCGUAGGCCAUUUAGUUUUGGAAGCAGCAUACAGCUCAUGGAAUCAUCAUUGUACUCAUCGAGCAGCAGCGUUAUGCAUAGUUAUUCUUCUGAUAGCUUAGGGGAUAUGCAAGGUGACAGCGGUAAUUCGUUCUGGUCCUCUCCUCACAGGAGUCAAAUGCGUCUCCAAAGCCGGAGAUCACAAUCCCGAGAGGAUCUUAGUUCGUCGCUCGCUGAUUCACACAUGAUCAAGAUGUAG